CCAGAACGAAAGAAACAAGAGAAUCAGAGAAAUGGCCACCAACAUUGGGAUAAUGGAUUCCGCUUACUUCGUUGGCAGAUCUGAGAUUCUGGCUUGGAUCAACUCAACUCUUCAACUCAAUCUCUCCAAAGUGGAAGAGGCUUGUUCUGGUGCGGUUCAUUGCCAGCUUCUGGAUGCCACUCACCCUGGGAUCGUGCCAAUGCACAAGGUCAAUUUCGACGCCAAGACGGAGUACGAGAUGAUUCAGAACUACAAGGUCCUUCAAGAUGUCUUCAACAAACUCAAAAUCACCAAGCACAUUGAGGUCAGCAAGCUAGUGAAAGGACGACCACUGGAUAACCUGGAGUUCAUGCAAUGGAUGAAAAGAUACUGCGAUUCUGUCAAUUCCGGAUUUGUGCACAAUUAUAAUCCUCUUGAAAGGAGAGAGGUAUGCAAAGGAGGUAGAGAAGCGACCAAGAAAUCUGCACAUUCCCAAUCCUCAAACAAGGGGGCUACUGCACAGAGACCUCAGUCUUCCCAUAAUGCUCGAAGAAAUGAUGUAUCUACUGCAAACCCUACAAAUCAGGUAGCAAAGGUCACGAGACCAUCUUCUGCUGGAGGCCCUGUAUUUGAUGAACAGAUAACGGAGUUGAAGUUAUCCAUUGAUAGCCUUGAAAAGGAACGGGAUUUCUACUUUGCAAAGCUGAGAGAUAUUGAGAUACUGUGCCAGACUCCUGAGAUAGAGCACUCACCAGUUGUUGCAGCAAUACAGAAGAUAUUAUAUGCUACGGAUGACGAUGGAACAGCUGUGGCUGAAGCUCAAGCUAUGGUUUCUAUUGGUCAGAAGGAAAUCGAGGGGUUGAGCCCCAUCGCUGAGGUUUCGGAGGAGAAAAGCAGUUCAGAAUCUCACAAGAGAAAGAGCAUUGCCAAUCUAGACUUUGACGCUGCUGGCAUCACCAGUUUGUCUCCGCGACAAAGGCUUUCUGAUGUUUCAGAUGUUCAUGGUAGCGGGUCUCCUCUUUUGACUUGUUAA